AUGGAAGAUAACUCUGCGUUCUUUUAUGAAGACGAAACAUCGAUAUUAACAAAUCGUUCAUACUAUGAUGAUUUACUGACUGAUUUCAAUCAUAAAAUUGUCAAAACUUCAUUCUUUUCUUUAUCAAGUCCGUUUAUUUAUUUGCUACUCAUUAUCAUUUGUUAUUUACUCCUAACAGUGAUUUUAUUAACAUUCAGUUUAUAUAAACAACGACAGACUGAAGUUGAAAAUUUCUAUUUCGGUGAUUCAGAUGAAGAUGUUGAACGUGGUAAACGUCAUUUCGCUUGGAAACAACAUUUAAUCGGAAAAAUGUGUAAAGGUGAUAUGCAACCACUAUUAACCAAUAAUGCUGAUGAACGGAGAACAACAGACGUAUUUCCAGUUCAUGUUGUGUAA